UCAAGGUUUGACAGUUCUCAAUGUUACAUUAAACAGUAUGACAUUUUCGGUCGUAUUUGAUUUUCAACAUUGACGGGAUCUCAUUCAGGUUUUAACGAAAUUAUAAUGAUUUCGAUUCUGUUUUUAACACGGAACAUCCGAAGAGCCGCUUUUUCGAGAGGAUUCAGCAAUGCAACCAUUCCGACAAUAAAAGAUGUCGAUGAUGAGAAGAAAGCCAAUAGGUCUGAUAAAAAACCCGAACAAAGUAAGAUCAACUCUACAAAACUUUUCGAAAAAAUCAAAUCAAUCGAUCAGAAUGUAUCAACGACAACAACAACAACAACAACAAAACCACCACAACAAAAGUCGCCCACUACUCCUAUAAAAAAAGAUUUUGCAUCAAGUCUUACCGCAGCAACUACCGUUUCCGAGGUAUUGGAAUUAAGCGAAAAAAAUGUGAAUCAAAAAAAUGCCAUGGGAAUUUUAACGAAAUUAUCCAUGUUAACCGCAUCGAAAAAAGCCGUUGUUACAGAUUACGAGAAUGACUAUCGAUUUUUGAAAAUCUGUCAAAUUUUAUCGAAAUCUCCAUCAUCAGGCGGCUUUCAAAAGGUGAAACCAUCAGUUCCAUCAUAUGCAAUUAAAAAAUCAGCCCAAGUGGAAAUGGUACUGGGUGUUGCUGGUGAUGAUGAAGCUUCUGAACUAGUUAAAACUCUAUCAUUAUCGCAAAAAGUCCGUGUGUUUUCAUCGUUGGCGAGAAAAAAAACGCGCAGCAUUGUCGUAUUAAAAGCAUUGGCAUUAUCUAUUUGUUUUGAUGCCGCCAACAUGAAUUUAAAAGAAUGCUCCGAUCUAUUGUUUGCAAUGAAUUCACUCAAUUUUAUUGAUGAUAUGCUUUUGACUCGGGUCGCAAACGACAUAGGUGUUGGACUCCCAAACAAUGUGAAUAAGAUGGCUGUGGUCGGUUCGAUAAUAACAAGUGUGGGCAUUUUAAAAUUUAGAGAUACCAAAUUGCUUGAUAAUUUAUUGAAACAUGUUGUUGCACAGCAUAAUCUGUGCCGACCGAAAGAUUUAGCAUCGUUUAUUUUAACAUUGGCGCAAGUGAAUUAUCGACCACAAAAUGUUGCAGAUAUCUCAUCAACACUAAUACCGAAAAUCUCAAAAAGUGAUUUAUGGAUUGGUGAAUGGUUAGACCAUGUGUGGGCACUAUGUGUUCUUGAUUUGUAUGAAUCAAGCCAUUUGGAAUCGGUUCUUUGCCCACAAUUUUUGGAGCAGUUUUUGCGUGAACAGAAAACGGAAGAUCUUUUGCCCGCACAAAAAAUGAAAAUAUUGAACAUUAAUGCAGUGGCAAAACAUUUUGCAACAGAAUACAAUGGACCCUAUCUCGAUCCAAAAUCUCCAGUCAAUAAUUGCCGAUUUGGAUAUCGAAAAAGUAAAAAAAUAUUGGUACAAGGAUUGCUCGAUACACUUACAAAUUUAUUCACUUCAACUUCAUAUAUCCGAACCUCAUAUGAUAUGAAUUUGGGUUUUAUUAUUGAUGCGGAAUGUGUAUUGAGUGAGAAUCGAACUCCAUUAGCUAUUGAAUCCGAGAUAAAGAAUGCAUCGAGAGUGGCGUUUAUGGUACUGGACUAUUACGACAUCUGUAAAGGCGAAGAAAAACAACCAAAUGGCAUUCAAGCAUUGACUAUUAAAUUAUUGGAGAAAAACGGCUACAACGUUUUACUUGUACCACACUAUGAAUUCAGUACGAGCGAUAAAGUUUUGAAAAGAGUUCAAUAUUUAGAUUCAAAACUUAAGAAUAUUCUUAAACAAUCCAGCAAUUAGUUAAAGCGAACAUGUAUGUUUCUAUUGAUUGAAAGAACUUUGUAGCAAAUGUUCAUAAGAGUUGAAUAAAUCAAAGAUUACAAUAUUACUUGUGUCAUACUACUACGCAAA